CCCCGCGCUCACGCCGCCCCGCGCUCACGCCGCCCCGCGCUCACGCCGCCCCGCGCUCACGCCGCCCCGCCUCCCUCUCUCCAGGACUUCCUGCUGUUUCUCGCAGACCCCCGCCGCUCCGAUGGAGGGACCCGGCCUCUCCCGAGCGCGCUGUUAGCCAGGGGUAGCCGGAAGAGACCGGGCAGCGGGGGAGAGCUGCAGAGGGUGGCGGAGCCCGCUACGCACGCCCAGGGAGGGCAGGGGGAGAGAGGGAGGCAGAGUUAAGCGAGGAGCGCGAGUAAGUGAGCUUGGGUCCGAAUUGAGGUCGGGCUCAAGACCGAGACUGGUGGGCCAGGCCCCCAAGCCGGCGUCACACCCCGUCUGAAGAAGACAGGCGGUCACAUGGCUUCGCCAUUCCUGCCUGCGGGAGCCACUACGGGCGACAGCGGCGGAGAGCUGAGCUCGGGGGACGACUCCGUGGAUGUGGAAUCCCUCCAGAGCCCGGAGACCGAGGCGUCCAAGAGCCUGACAGAGCUGUUUGAGAAGGCUGCCGCGCACUUCCGAGGCCUGGUUCAAGGGGCCAGCAGGGAGCAGCUCUUGUACCUGUAUGCCCGGUACAAGCAGGUCAAAGUUGGAAAUUGCAAUACUCCUAAACCAAGCUUCUUUGACUUUGAAGGAAAGCAAAAAUGGGAAGCAUGGAAAGCACUUGGUGAUUCAAGCCCCAGCCGAGCAAUGCAGGAGUACAUUGCCGUAGUUAAAAAAUUAGAUCCAAGUUGGAAUCCUCAGUCACCAGAGAAGAAAGGAAAAGAAGCAAAUACUGGUUUUGGUGGGCCAGUUGUUAGUUCUCUGUAUCACGAAGAAAUCAUCAGGGAAGAAGACAAAAACAUAUUUGAUUACUGCAGGGAAAACAACAUUGACCAUAUAACCAAAGUCUUCAAAUCAAAAAACGUGGAUGUGAAUAUGAAAGAUGAAGAGGGCAGAGCUCUACUCCAUUGGGCUUGUGAUCGAGGACACAAGGAGCUAGUCACAGUCCUGCUACAACAUAGGGCUGAUAUUAACUGUCAGGACAAUGAAGGUCAAACAGCUCUACAUUAUGCUGCUGCCUGUGAGUUUUUGGACAUUGUUGAGCUGCUGCUCCAGUCCGGCGCCGACCCCACACUCCGAGACCAGGACGGCUGCCUGCCGGAGGAGGCGACAGGGUGCAGAGCGGUCACUUUGAUGUUACAGCAGCACACGACUGGCAAGGCUUAAUCAAAAGACUGGAAACCCACAGUCUAUAACAGCACAGGGCUUCAGUGGUGAAAGAAAACUUCAAAAAUAACACUUCUUUUGCCACCCAUCUUUGGUAUACAUUGGCUAAUAAAAUCAGUUGUGAGGAA